AGGUUUUUUCGCAGUAUAAAAGGCAGUAUCUCUAACCUUAAAGUACGAGUAAAGAGUUCCUUAAAGUCGAAUAAUCAUGUUCAAGAAACUACUACUGAGCGUUGGACUGGUCUGGUGUUUGAUCUCUUUGGGUCAGGCCCGAAAGGAGUCAACGGUGGAAGAGUGCGAGAAAAACAUUGGCGAUUCGUUAAAGGAUCGUGUUUGCGAGCUACGCCAGUACACGCCCGUUAGCAGCGAUGACAUGGACAAGCACAUGCAGUGCGUCCUGGAGGUGGUUGGAUUUGUGGAUGGAAAUGGAGAAGUUAAGGAAAGCGUUCUGCUAGAUUUGCUGCAGCGCGUCGACAGUGGCGUCAAUCAUGCGGCCAACAUGAAGAAGUGUGUGACGGAAGCAUCGACUUCGGGCAGUGACAAGAAAGCCAACACUUUCUACACGUGCUUUUUGGGUACGAGCUCAUUGGCCGGGUUUAAGAAUGCGGUCGACUACAACGAGCUACUGAAGGCUGGCAAGAUGCAGACGAGCGAUCCGUUCGAUAUGAACCGUGUGGCUGCGCUGAUCAAGGAAAUCGAUGAUGGUUUGUGCUAGUAGAUUGAUUGAACAUGUUUAAAGCAAAAGGAACAAUGAUGCAAUACAAAUAAUCUAUAGAGCAAGCAAAACA